AGGUGACUUACUGUCGUAACACGCUAGUUGAACGUUAUGCUCUCCUCUAUGGUAAACGCGCCGAGGUUUUUAUCUCGAUCUUGUCUCCCCGCCAGUGUACCUCCCAAAGUAUGUCUAUGGGACCGCAUUGUUUUGCUAACCUUGUAAGCUCGCAUUGAUAGAAGGGUUCUGGCACGAUCCAAGUUUCACCAAUAGAUGGCAACCGUAUGCGUCACUCAACACCAGAGAAGUAGAGGAAGCUGUAUUUGAUUGGCUGUCAAAUGACUGUUUGUUUUAGGUGAAUUGCACUAUGGCAGUGUUUAGUUGUUCAUAAAACGUCCUUCAAAAUACAAAACAACUCGGCAUUAACGAUAAGUAAUAGGUAGAUAAGUAGAUUGAUUGUUGAACAUACACGAUGGUGUUCAGUUGUUGUGCUUAUAACUGCAAAAACACUGCAAAGGACAAGAGCCUCUCUUUCCACAAAUUUCCCCUGAAAAAACCCAAAUUGCUGAAGAAAUGGCUCUACAAUUUAAGAUGGAAGGACUGGAAACCUGCUCCGCACAGUAAAGUCUGCAGUAUCCACUUUGAAAAGAACUGUUUAAUUAAAGAGGGAAAGAGAGUCCGACUUCAUUCAUCAGCUGUACCGACCAUAUUUGCUUUCCCAAGACGAGUGGGAGAUAGAAAGAGUAAGAUCAACCCAAGAAGCAGAAGAGCUUUGGGAAUUGUUGGCGAUGCAAACUCUCCUCAAGCAGCACCAAGAAGAUCAUUAAAGAACACUGGCGAAAAUAGUUCCAGCCAGACUACAGCAGACCGAACAAAAACAUCCAAGCAGCAGCUGACAGGACAGGAAAAUAGACCACCAUGGACCAUCCUGGGAGAUGGGGCUCUUGACCGAAGCAUGACUCUCCCCAGUUUCUUUCACGGUGGAUACUGUUUGCCGAUGAACAUAAGCUGGGCAGGAGAUGAUGAAUUAAAUGUAAAGCCACAUGUUGUUUACGGAGUUCCAGGGCAAACAAAACCACAUAUAAUUGAGGUUAAAGAAAGGUGGGAAUGGCUUGGGCUUGAUGUAAGAGGCCCGUUCUCUCCUACAGUUGACCACCACACACACAUCAUGACCCUGACUGACUACCAUUCCAAAUGGGUGGAGGCAUUUCCUCUGACUCAAAACCUGGGUCAAGAUGUGGCCGUGUGUCUUGCUGAAGUCAUCAUUCAGCAGGGAUACCCUCUUGGAAUUCUCUCCCGGCUUUCCAGAGGGACCCUCAAAGAAGUUAACCGUGAAUUGAAGAAACAUGUGAGGUUGAAAGGAAACACUUUAGUGGUACACCACCGCCAAACUGGUUACAUGGACCUGGUCACCGAGGCCCUUCUCAAUAAGAUGCUGGAUGAGCUGGUAAAAAAACACAAAGUAACCUGGCAUGUCCACCUCCCUGCUGCGACUCUACGUUUCUGUUGCACGAAUCACCCCUCCACCCGCGAGAAACCCUUCACCCGCAUGUAUGCCAGUAACCCGCGGUUCUCAUCUUCACCCAGAGAACUGCCUUUCAGUGUUACUGAUAUUCGCUUGAGUUCUUUUAUCAUCUCAUCCACUGAAGCAAACAAUAUGGGAACUGCAUCAGAGAAUUUGGGGCACUGACUAAGAUCAAAUUCCUCCAUUACAGAAGAAUUUUUGCCACGGUUACAUGACUUCUGAAUGUUUUCAUACUUUGUCACAUUUUCCAAGUUGUUGCUCAGAUUUUUUAAUUAUUACUCUUAGACUGUAAAUUAAAAAGCAUUUGAGCUGCCAUGCUCAGGGAAGACCCGGGUUAGAAUCAUGCCUGGAUUCCCAUCAUUCUCACACCCCCAUUUUUUUCUAUCUCUUCCUGACUGUUUAGAGUAUACCCCUAUAAGUUUUGCACUGUUGACCUGUACAGUACAAAUAUCUUAAAGUAAUACAAAAAAACUUAAAAAGGAAACAACACAUUACUGUAUUAGAAAUUAUAAACCAACCUUGUUUAUAUUAAUAAAAGAGAAUAAUUUAGGUAAAAAUGCAGGUAACAAUUAUACACAACACGAUAAGCUUGUAUUCGUAAACAUUAUUUAAUGCAAUAGUUAAGAUGAAUUAACAAUGAGCAAUACUUUUACGGCAUUUAUUUUGGUUAAUGUUAAUUUACAUAUACUAAUUCAUUUUACAUUAAAAGUUGUGUUGCAUGUAUUGAUCUAAUAUGGACAAAUUAUUUUGAUCAUUAACAUCAACCAAGAGUAAUAAAUGCUGUAGAAAAUCAUUGUUCAUUGUUGGGUCAGGAGACCAAAUGCAUUAAAGGGAUAUUCACCCAAAAUCAUUCCACCCCAGAUGUGUAUGACUGAUUUUCUUCUGCUGAAUACAAAUUAAGAUUUUAGAAGAAUAUUUCAGCUCUGUAGGUCCAUAAAAGGCAAGUAAAUUGUGAUCAGGCCUUUUAUAGCUCUAAAAAUCACAUGAAGGCAGCAAAAAGUAAUCCUUACGACUCAGUGGCUAAAUCCAUAACUUUACAAGCAAUAAGCAAAGGUGUGUGCUAGAAACAGAUCUGUAUUUAUGUACUUUUUUUUUUAACCCAUCAAUCUCCAUUUUUAUUUUCACAUUCUUUGGUUUUUGGUUAUUUGCGUUCUUUGUGCAUAUUGCCACUUACUGGGCAGGGAGGAUAAUUUAUUGUAAAAACAGACUCUGUUUUUCACCCACACCAAUCAUAUAUCUUCAGGAGAUAUGGAUUUACCCACUGUGCUUUUUGGAGCUUAACAUUUUUGGUACCCAUUCACUUGCAUCGUGAGAACCUACAAAGCUGAAAUAGUUUUUUCAAAAUCUUUGUGUUCAGCCGAAGAAAGUCAUACACAUCUGUGAUGGCACGAGGGUGAGUAAAUGAUUAGAGAAUUUUAAUUUUUGGGUGAACUAUUCCUUUAUCGUCUGAUAACAAAUGUAACCAUUUUGUAAAGUGUUACCGAAGAGCAUUAUAGUUUACCUCUAUACGAUCUCAUACAGAAGAUAAAAUAGAGUUAAAAGUUGCUUUUCCCUAAACUGCUUUUUGUUGUAAAGUAGAUGUGCCCUUAUUAUAUUCAAACGAUGGCAUUUAUCAACCCUGUGGUUUUAAAAGAAAAUAUCAAUUAAUGCAUUACCAUUUAUCUGCUAAUUCCAUAAUAUACCAUUAUGAUAUUAGAUAAGAGGCUUCAAUGGAAAAAAAACAAAACUUGAUGUGAAUCUAAAAAUUAAUUAAAAGUUCCUCCCUUGUAGUGACAAACCAGUGCUGCAGGUGGCAUUAUCAACCAAUUGUGACUUGGAGAAAAUGAACAGCGAAGAAGGGCGCCACCAUUCUUUCAAACUGGAUAAAUCAGCCUCUGGAGGGCACUGAAGGGAGAACUGUCAUUAUAGUCAUGCUGUAAGAUCUCAUCAAACUGAAUUUCCAAUAAAAAUUACUUUAA